AUGAAAGUGGUUCUCUAUAUGCUGGGACUUGGGCCUCUUCUUCUUGCUCUCUGCACGGUUCCUGUUGGGGAAGCUGUGGUGGAAUUGAAACUGGCAUUCAGGCCAAACCCCUGUGAUGGUGUAGUGCUGAUUAAACACCAAGAGUCUUGGGGUUUUGUGUGUAAUGAAGUCUGGACUCUGGCGGAGGCCUCUGUGAUCUGUCGGCAGUUGGGCUGUGGGAGUGCAAUCGGCGCUCCCAAGUAUGUCCCCUUGCCUGGAGAGAGCCUUAGGCCGUGGCUCCACGGAGUUUCCUGUAAAGGCAAUGAGUCAACUUUCUGGGAGUGUGAUCUUGGGGAAUGGAGUCGGAAAAAUUGUUCCCAUGAAUGGGUUGUCGUAGUUCUCUGUUCAAAUGGAACCUUUCGGGAAAUCAGACUGCUGAAGGGGAACAGUCCCUGUGCCGGGCUUCCAGAGAUAAGAAACGAGAAGGGAAUAGAUCGAUUGUGUGGCCUCCACAUGGAAGAGGCUACUGUGUUUUGCCAGGAGCUGGGAUGUGGCCCAGCUGUUCAAGCUCCCAGAGAAGGUUUGGGUGUUACCCAUAAAUUCAUGACUUGCAAAGGGACAGAGCCAACAAUUCGAAAUUGUAGGUUGAAUAAUAAGUUCCGGAGCGGCUGCCAGCUCCAGCUGGAUUCUGAAGUGAUCUGUGCAGAACACACAGAAAUCCGGCUUGUUGGAGGCGAACAUCCCUGUGCAGGGCGCCUGGAGGUGAGACGAGGUCUGAAGUGGGGCACGGUCUGCGACUCGGACCUUGACCUCCAAACAGCCCACGUGGUCUGUCGGGAGUUAAAGUGUGGGGCAGCCGCUUCUACCCCGGGAGGAGCCCACUUUGGAGAGGGCUCUGGCGAGGUGUGGAGGGAAGUCUUCCAGUGUGUAGGGAACGAGUCCUUGCUGUUUCAUUGUCCCCGGGGGGCCCGGCAGAAGGAGCUAUGCGCACACAGUCGGGAUGCUGGCAUCAGGUGCUCAGAAUACAGGUUGGUGAAUGGCAGCAACAGAUGUUUAGGGAGAGUGGAACUCCAGAUACAGGAGGUCUGGGCCCCCCUUUGUGCCACUCAUUGGGAUUUGCGAGAUGCCACUGUCCUCUGUCACCAGCUCGAUUGUGGCUAUGCCAUAGCAGCCCCAGGAGGAGGUUACUUCGGUGAAGGAGAUGGUCUGAUCUUGCCUGAUCAAUUUCACUGCACAGGGACAGAGCCCUAUUUGUGGAACUGUCCAGUGAGCACACUGGGGGCAUCCCCAUGUGCCUCGGGGAAUGUGGCCGGGGCCAUCUGCUCAGAUUCUCUACGUUUGAGGGACGGACAGAGUCGUUGUGAUGGGAGAUUGGAGAUUUUUCAGCACGGAGUUUGGGGCCCAGUCCUGGGUGAUGCUUGGGACCUUAAUGGUACCCACGUGUUGUGUAGGCAGCUCCAAUGUGGAAAGGCAGAGAGAGUCUAUACCUCUCUUGUCUCAGACCUAGGGGUUGGCCCUGUGCAUCUGAGCAGGUUGAAGUGUGUGGGCAAUGAGACCCAGCUGAGCCAGUGUAACAUCUCCAUGUCUGCCUUGGCUCCAGUGGGGAUCACUCAGGAUGUUGGUGUCAUCUGCUCAGGGAGUAGAAGGAUCCGCCUGGUGAACGGCACUGGUCGCUGUGCUGGGAGAGUGGAGAUCUACCACAAUGGCAGCUGGGGCACAGUGUGUGAUGAUGCCUGGGACCUCUCUGAUGCCAGUGUGGUCUGCAGACAGCUGGACUGUGGUGUGGCCCUCAGUGCCAUGGGGUCUGCUCACUAUGGGGCAGGCACUGGGCCCAUCUGGCUGGAUGAUCUGAGCUGCUCUGGAAAUGAGUCUGAACUCUGGAAGUGCCCAUCCCAAGGCUGGGGCCAGCAUGACUGCAGACACAAGGAGGAUGCUGGUGUUCUCUGCUCAGACUUUACAGCCAUGAGGCUGGUCAGUGAAGCCCACAACUGUGCUGGGUGGCUGGAAGUUUUCUACAAUGGAACAUGGGGAACUGUGUGUAGCAAUUCCCUGAAGGAACUCUCCCUGGCAAUUAUAUGCAAGCAUUUGGAGUGUGGAAAACAGGGUUGGCUGGAGAAUAAGCAAAUGCCUGGCAGGGGCUCAGGAGUUAGCUGGCUGGACAAAAUCGAAUGCCGCAGCUUGCGUACUAACUCCUUGUGGCAGUGCCCGUCAGCCCCCUGGCAUCCACAUUCAUGUUCCCGAGGAGAUGAGGCCUGGAUUACCUGUGAAGGAUGGACAAAGAAGACACCAGAGGUUCCAGGUGAGAGAUUCAACUGUUCAGCUGACCAGGACUGCUCAGGAACGAACAGGCUGCGUGUCAGGGAUGGAGAGGACAGCUGUUCUGGGCGAGUGGAAGUCUGGCAUGGCGGCUCCUGGGGAACAGUGUGUGAUGAUUCCUGGGACCUGGAAGAUGCUGAGGUUGUGUGCAGGCAGCUGGGCUGUGGCCCAGCUGUAUCAGCUUUGGGAGAGGCUGCCUUUGGACCAGGGACAGGGACUGUUUGGCUGGAUGAGGUGCAGUGUAAGGGGAGUGAACUGUCCCUAUGGGACUGUCCUGCAGAGCUCUGGGGACGCAGUGACUGUGGCCACAAAGAAGAUGCUGGUGUUAAUUGCUCUGGUAGGAGAGAGAAGACAAUAUUACUGCCUGGAAGAGGUUCCCUGCCACCAGCCCAAGAAGGGGAUAAUAUACUAAGGAUCAUCUGUUUUGUCCUUGGAACCCUUCUCUGCCUCGUCUUAAUGCUCCUGGGAGCCCAGAUGUGGAACAAGAAAGGGUUUUGCCAGGUUUGCAGGACAAGUCAGAAUCUUCUUACUGAUGGCAUCUAUGAGGACCUUGCUAAUCCUACAGUGGGGGAGAAAUAUGAAGAGGUGGAAGAGAAAGAUAUCAGUCUGUCAGAAGAGUAUGAUGAUAUUAGAGAAAGUGAGGAACAUUUGACUGAGAAAGAGGAUGAUGGAGAAGAGGAAGAGGAAGAGGAGAAAGUUGCUACUUCCUCAGACUGGACACCUCAUCCUAUGAACACCAGUCAACUUCUUGUUGUGGAAGAAAGUGAGGAAUCUUUGCCUCCUGGAUAUGAUGAUGUUGAACUGGAUAUUUUAGGGAUGUCAUUGCACAAAGAGACUUUUAAAUGUAAUAUCCCUAUGAAAAGUUCCUUUUUUGUCUCCCCAGAGUCCAGGCUGGUGAAUGGCAGCAACAGAUGUUUAGGGAGAGUGGAUGUCCAGUUGAAGGGGGUCUGGGCAGUCUGUGCCAGUCAUUGGGAUUUACAAGAUGCCACCGUCCUCUGCCAUCAUCUCAACAGUGGCCAAGCAGUGGCAGCUCCAAGAGGAGGCUAUUUUGGGGAAGGAGUUGACUGCUUGCCUGAUGGAUUUCAUUGCAUAGGGACAGAUCUUUACUUGUGAAAUUGCCCAGUGAGCAUGCUGGGAGCAUCUGUGUGUGCCACAGGGAAUGUAGCCAGGGCCAUCUGCUCAGGUGAAUUCUCUUACCUUUAGGAUGGACACAGCCACUGUGAUGGGAGAGUAGAGAUUUCCUUGCAUGGAGUCUAGGGCUGAGUCAUGGAUGCUGCUUGGGAACUUAAUGGAGCCAGGUGGAGUGGAGGCAGCUCUAUUGUGGAAAGGCAUAGAGAUCCUCUAUCCCUCCUGCAUCCCAUGGGUCUUAGCAUUGUGAGGUGUGUGUACACUGAGACCCAGCUGAACCAGUGUAAUGUCUCCACAUCUUCCUUGGCUCCAGUGGGGAUCACUCAGGAUGCUGGUGUCAUCUGCUCAGGAAGCAGAAGAAUCCACCUGGUGAUCGGCAAUGGUCACUGUGCUGGGAGAGUGGAGAUCUAUCACAAUGGCAGCUGGGGCAUGGCGUGUGAUGAUGCCUGGGACCUCUCUGAUGCCAGUGUGGUCUGCAGACAGCUGUACUGUGGUGUGGUCCUCAGCGCCAUGGGGGCUGCUCACUAUGGGGCAGGUGCUGAGCCCAUCUGGCUAGAUGAGCUGAACUGCUCUGGAAAUGAGUCUGAACUCUGGCAGUGCCCAUCCCAAAGCUGGGGCCAGCAUGACUGCAGACACAAAGAGGAUGCUGUUCUGGUCUGUCUAUGGUUCUCUGGGAUAGUUUGGGAGGACAGGCCAAGAAAAAAAUCAAAUGAAAAUGAAGAGAGUCUCAACUGUUCAGCCUAUGAGGAAUGCACAGGGAUGAACAGGUUGCAUGUCAGGGAUGGAGAGGACAGCUGCUCUGGGCGAGUGGAAGUCUGGCAUGGCGGCUCCUGGGGAACAGUGUGUGAUGAUUCCUGGGACCUGGAAGAUUCUGAGGUUAUGUGCAGGCAGCUGGGCUGUGGCUCAGCUGCAUCAGCUUUGGGAGAGACUGACUUUGGACCAGGGACAGGGACUGUUGGGCUGGAUGAGGUACAGUGUAAGGGGAGUGAACUGUCUCUAUGGGACUGUCCUGCAGAGCACUGGGGACACAGUGAUUGUUACCACAAGGAAGAUGCUGGUGUGAAUUGCUCUGAUGAGAGCCAAGUCCCUGAGAAGAGUGUGCAUUGCAUAAAGGGUGACAACAGCAGAGUUAUACUAUUUGAGACUGAUAAUUCCCCAUUGGGUGCUCAACUUCAGAAAAUCUCUGAUCAAAUCUCUGAUAAUUUCUCAAAAGUGAUUUUCAUUGGUUUCCCUUCAGUGACAGAGUCUAUGAAUUUCCCUCCAGUUUUUCUCUUGCCAUUUGUCAAUAGAGGAGUUCUGGGCUUAAAAACACCCCACAGUAUCUCAGAAUCUGUGGCCCAUUACACUUGUAAGGGCACACCGAGAAUGAGCAUGUGCCCUGUCAUAGCAGAGUUGAAUGAAGACAAAGCAAGUCAGGUAGAUGUGCAAGACCAAGGGGACUGGGGGUUUGUGUGCAGUGACAGCUGGACUUUGGCAGAAGCGACUUUUGUCUGCAAACAAAUGGAUUGUGGUUCAGUCUUUGGAGCUCCUAGGAUAGUGGCAUUUUCACAGCAAUAUGUCCCACCCAUCCUCCAUGGACUGUCUUGCCAUGGCAAUGAAUCCUCAAUCUGGGAGUGCACCCUUGGAGUAUGGGGCCACAACAACUGCUCUCAAGACUGGUUUCCCUUCGUGCUUUGUUCAGAUGAUACCAUAUCCAUAUCAAAGCCAUAUUUGAAGAAUUUGGGCAGUCCCUGUGCAGGGAUACCAGAGAUCCAAGCCUUAGGACUCACGUUUCAGAUAUGUGGGGUCUAUAAGAAUGAGGCAGCUGUUCUGUGCAAGGAGCUGGGCUGUGGCUUAGUCAUUCAAGCUCCCAACGAAAGACACAGAAAAACAAAGGACAAACUCUUUCAAUGUAAUGGAACGGAGUCUACCAUCUUUGAUUGCAAAAUCAAUAGAAAUGUUAAAGAUCCAUGUGACAAAGAAGCUGAAGUGUUAUUUUCAGGACACAGAGAGGUCCGACUGGUAGAAGGGGAACAUCGAUGUGAGAGACGUCUGGAAGUGAAGCGAGGCCUGACUUGGGGCACUGCCCAUGAUUCUGAUCCUGAUCUUCAAACAGCUAAUGUUGUCUGUCGAGAAAUCGAAUGUGGAGUAGCUGUCUCCAUCCUGGGGGGAGCUCACUUUGGAGAGGGCCCUGGAGAAGUGUGGAGAGAGAGCUUCCAGUGUGGGGGGAAUGAAUCCCACCUGCUCCAUUGUCCCUCGAAGUUGAGGCAGAAGGACCAAUGUACUCAUCGACAGGAUGCAGGAGUCAGGUGCUCAGAAUAUGGACUGGUGAAUGGAAGCAGCAGAUGUGCGGGGACAGUGGAGCUUCAGGUUCAAGGGCUCUGGGCCCCUCUCUGUGCUUCCCACUGGGAUAUAGAAGAUGCCAGUGUCCUCUGCCACCAGCUCAACUGUGGCAGUGUGCUGGCUACCCUGAGAACGGAUUAUUUUGAGGAAGGCAUUCAUUCCAUCUGGACUGAUGAAUUUCAUUGCAUGGGGACCGAGCCCCAUUUGUGGAAGUGCCCAGUAAGCACCUUGGGGGCAUCUCCCUGUACCUCUGGGCAUGUGGCAGUGACCAUCUGUUCAGGAUCUGUGCAGCUGAGGGAUGGACACAGCCACCGUGAUGGGAGAGUAGAGAUUUCCUUGCAUGGAGUCUGGGGCCAGGUCAUGGAUUCUACUUGGGAUCUUAAUGGUGCCCAGGUGGUGUGCAGGCAGCUCCAUUGUGGAAAGGCAGAGAGAGCCACUAUCCCUCCUGCAUCCCACCACAGAAGAGGUCCUGUGGGCCUAAGCAGUGUAAGGUGUGUGGGUAAUGAGACCCAGCUGAGCCAGUGUAACAUCUCCAUGUCUGCCUUGGCUCCAGUGGGGAUCACUCAGGAUGUUGGUGUCAUCUGCUCAGGGAGUAGAAGGAUCCGCCUGGUGAACGGCACUGGUCGCUGUGCUGGGAGAGUGGAGAUCUACCACAAUGGCAGCUGGGACACGGUGUGUGAUGAUGCCUGGGACCUCUCUGAUGCCAGUGUGGUCUGCAGACAGCUGGACUGUGGUGUGGCCCUCAGUGCCAUGGGGUCGGCUCACUAUGGGGCAGGCGCUGGGCCCAUCUGGCUGGAUGAUCUGAGCUGCUCUGGAAAUGAGUCUGAACUCUGGAAGUGCCCAUCCCAAGGCUGGGGCCAGCAUGACUGCAGACACAAGGAGGAUGCUGGUGUUCUCUGCUCAGAGUUCACUGCACUGAGACUGGUCAAUGGUCUCCACCACUGUGCUGGAAGACUGGAGAUUUUUCACAAUGUCACAUGGGUAAGUGUCUGUAACACAACCCUGAGUGACGUCUCCCUGACCACCAUAUGCAAACAUCUGGAGUGUGGAGACAAAGGAUGGCAGGAGUGGAAACAGCAACUUACAGGCAACUUACGAAUGUCUUGGCUGGAUAAUAUCCAGUGUCAGAAGCAGCCCAACACCUCUCUCUGGCAUUAUCCAUCUGGACCUUGGCAACAGCAUCCCUGUCAUCCUGAACAUGAGGUCUGGCUCACUUGUGAAGGUGAUUUCUCUGCAAAAAAGGCUCUGAGCUGGGGUAACCAGAAUAGGGACAGGCUGCGGGUCAAGGGUGGAAAGGAUGGCUGCUCUGGGCGAGUGGAGAUCUUGCAUGGUGGCUCCUGGGGAACUGUGUGUGAUGACUCAUGGGACUUGGCAGAUGCUGAAGUUGUGUGUCGGCAGCUGGGCUGUGGCCCAGCUAUAUCUGCUCCAGGAGAAGCUGCCUUUGGACAAGGGACAGGGACUGUCUGGUUGGAUGAGGUGCAGUGUAAGGGGAGCGAAUUGUCUCUAUGGGACUGUCCUGCAGAGCUCUGGGGACAUAGCAAUUGUGGUCACAAAGAAGAUGCAUCUGUGAACUGCUCUGGUGAGAGACAAUUUACUGCAUCACCACCUGAAACAGUUCAACUAAGUCGCAAGAGGAACCAGAGAAAAGGUGAGGAAAUGGAAGUCCAGCAAGCCUCCACAAAGAAACAGGAAGGUGCCUGUGAAAUUGUCUAUGAGGUCAUUGGUGAAAAUUCACCAGAUGAUAAUUAUGAAGAAAUUGAGGAGACUGAACUGAAGAGUGCGGAUAAUGCAGAGGUGGCGAUGUAUGAUGAUGCUGCCAAAAUUGAGAAUACAGAAAAAGGAGAAGAGGGAUAG